AUUUUCCAUUUCAAUUCGUCAUGAGUUCUUGGACGAACUUGCAUGGACUCUUUGAUUCGACCUCUAAGCAAACUCUUGUACUUAUUUUCUGUUAUCAAUCACCACUGAAAUCUAGUUCCGCCAAUGGAACGUUGGAAGACAUCUCAAGGUCCUACUUGUAGAGCCUGUCUGAACACACUUGAUGAAAGGUCGUCAUUUCUUUCACCAGGAAACAUGAUUACUCCGAAUGGUCUCGGUACUCCCUUGAAAAACCCGCAGAAUCUUACUGCCGGUUGCAAUGGCAACCUCUUAAUCAAAAACGGUCAUCCAAAAAAUCAUCUGUUCAAAGCUCAUAUUCACAACGGUCAAUCAACCAACGGUCACCAUCCCGAAAAGAAUGGACGUCACUUGAACUUAGUAAAAGAAAGCUUAUGUUGCUUCAAACCUAAAAAGAAAAAUGAAGCAACCAUUGAAGAAAGUGAUGGUUCAUGUGGACUUUGGGGCAUCAAGCCUAGAUGGCUUCAGUCAUUUGCGAAUAAAAAAGUGUUCUUAGCUGUGUUUUGCCUAACUAGUGUUCUUCAAGGCAUGUACUAUACGUAUUUCGUCAGUGUCUUGACGACGAUAGAGAAACUUUACCAAAUUCAAAGCAAAACGACCGGACUCAUUAUGUCUGCCACCGAAGUUGGUCAGAUUGGUGGUGCUUUAAUCUUGUCAUAUUAUGGUGGACAAGGACAUAGACCUAAAUGGAUUGCUUAUGGUAUGAUAGUGUUUGCUAUCGCUUCUAUAUUUUGUGCCACUCCGCAUUUCAUGUAUAGACACGUCACGAACCCUCUUCGGUCAUCCAUACCAUUAGAAAAUUCAACAACUCUUGCACUGCGCGAAAUGAGGACGAAACUCUGCCAAAGCAAUGUGAUGUAUAAAAGUACCUCUUCAAGUUCAUCAUUGCUUUCAUUCUCUUCAUCUAAUUCAUUAUUCGACAGCGAUUUUCCUGCGCUAGCAAAUAUUCCCAAUGAUGCCACCAAGUUCUUCAUGUACAAUCGAACAUCCCGUUCUGCAAGUACAGAUAGUCUUCUUCCUGACGACAAUGUGACAUCCACUUUCUCUUUGCCAUCGAUAGAAGCUCUAGUUGGGAUGCAAGAUGAUUGUUCACUAACAAAUAAAGUGACUACUACUUCGUCAGCCACAAAUCCGGUCCUCUUGAUUUUCUUCCUCAGCCUUUUUUUCAUUGGAAUAGGCGCUACAGCUGUUUAUACCCUUGGCAUUCCUUAUAUAGAUGAUAAUGUUGCCACACGAGAAUCUCCUCUAUACUUCGGAAUUACCAUUGGAGUUCGUAUUUUCGGCCCAGUUUUCGGUUUCCUAUUAGGCUCUUUUUGUACAAGCAUUAAUGUCAAUUUUCCAUUUGAAACUACAAAACUUUCAACUCAGGACCCACAAUGGGUUGGUGCUUGGUGGCUAGGAGUUUUAAUUGUUGGAGCAGCCUUAAUUUUUACAGCCUUUCCUAUGAUGUCAUUUCCUAGAAAUUUGCCAAAACCUUGCAAACAUAAUCAACCUCAAUCAAAACCAUUUAAUCAUAAUGAUAAUGAUGCAUUUGACAGCUGUAAUGGAAAUGUUGUUUCGCCUUUGCAAGAUAAUCAUCAGUGCCAUCAUUGUCAACCACUAUCUUAUUGCACGAAUCAGAAUGAAGGGAAAAAAAAGCCCAAGUUUAAAGUGGACUUCCCAUCAGCCAUUAAGAGACUUCUGAGGAAUGAAAUCCUUUUGUACAGAACAGCAAGUAGUGUUCUUCAUAUCCUACCCAUUGCUGGAUUGUAUACCUUUCUACCGAAGUAUCUUGAAAGUCAAUUUCAGUUGACGGCUACAAUGGCGAAUAUGAUAUCAGGGAUUGCUGGCAUACUUGUUAUGGGCGUUGGUAUAUUUGCAAGUGGAACAUUUAUGCGAAAAUUCAAGCCCUCUGCAAGAUUUGUUGCACGUUGGAUUGCCAUUUCUGCUUUGUUGUACGCUAUUGGAAUGAUGAUUUUGAUGAUCUUUGGUUGCCCACUUAACAAAUAUGUUGGAUUGAACUCUGGAAGCCAAUAUGAAGAUACCUCUCAGGCAACUUGCAAUGAAACUUGUAGUUGUAAGCCAGGAGAAUUCGCUCCUAUUUGCACUAGCGAAGGUGUUACCUAUUUAUCUCCUUGCUUGGCUGGCUGUACCAAGGUUUCAGGACCUUCUUAUGAUCAGUUUGUGUACGAAGACUGCUUAUGCCUUGGACAAAAUGUGACAGCCACUAACGGGUUUUGCAAAAUGCAAUGUGAUAGUUUACUUCCAUACAUCUUUGUAUUUGCUUUGUUUGUAUUAGUUCACUCUACUUCUGAAGUUGGUUCAAUGCUAUUGACACUAAGAUGCGUUGAACCACAGGAUAAAGCAAUGGCUUUAGGACUGAUUGCAUUUGCUAUUGGAUUAUUUGGUAAUGUGCCUUGUCCUAUCAUCUAUGGUGCUGUUGUGGACUCGGCCUGUCUAUUUUGGGAAGACAACUGUGGAACACCCGGUGCAUGUCGUCUCUAUGACCCGUCCAAAUUCCGCUCCGUUUUCCAUGGUGUUACUGCAGUCAUAAUGUUCAUGGCUUUCCUAGUAGAUAUUGUCGUUUGGUACAAAGCGAAAUCCAUACAAUUUCAAGAUGAAGAUAUUGUAGACGAUACAGAAGAAACUGUUCCUUUCAAUGAAACACAAACUGACGCACAAAGGGAAAGUAGUGUGUAAAUAUUUUUGAGCCAUCACAUUGACUUUCAACUGAUGUUUCUAAAAUAAAGAUGCCAAAUUAAGAAGUGUUUCAGAACAUUAGAAAGUGAUCUGAAAUAAUUUGGACAAUGCCUUUGUGUUUAUUUAUUUAUUAUUAUUUUUUAAAUGUUUAAAAUACUGCUUAAAAACUUUUGUGCAAAAUGUAUAUACAAUAAGAGUUUACACUUGGAAGCUCCAACAUAUUUUACAAAAAAAAAAAAAAAAAAAGGCAUUAGCAUGUAAGUAUAAUUCACUAAAGGUAGUAAACAGAAGAACUAAACUAAAUACUAAUGAUGAAAAAUUUUAAAUCAUAAGAUGCUGUUUAUACUUAUUGAAUAUUUUAGCUGGUUUACAAUAUAUUUCUAUAUGGCCGAAUUAGUUUUUUUUUCUAUUGUUGCUCUUUUUAAAUUAUGGCAGCUGUUACUGUAGGACAUUUUAACAUGUUCUUCAUUUUUAUUCAUCUCAUCAGUUUUCAUGUUGUCAGUCAUCCCUACAUAUUGGACGAAUACGCUGUUUGUUGCCAUUUUAAAUCAUGCUUUUAAUGCAUUUUAAUUUCAAAAGAUCCUGACCUAGGAUUCAGCGAAUGAACAAUUGAACUUCAAAUGCAUUUUUAUUGAUCAUAAAAGCAUCAUGUUCCUUCAUUUUACUUGAAAACGCAGUUUUGAAGGAAAUAUGGAGAAUACCUAGUGAUAGUUGAAUAUUUAGUUGAAGUUCAAGAACUUGCUUGAAAUGUUUUUUUAAAACCAUUAAACAUAUCCAUGCCAAUGAUAUACUUAUGAAGUUUUCUUACUGCAAUUGUUUGUAAGCAAAAUACAAUCCUAAAUAAGAAU